UUGUUUAUACAACACUGUCCUUGUAAGCGAAAGGGCUGAGGACUCCCGGAUACAAGCGGGCUAAUUCAACAGCUUAAGUUACCUUCACGGGUAAAUUAUGUCUGUAAAACACGCUUUGACCCGGGGGCUCGAGCUGGGCCGGUCGGUCUUUCAGCUGGGUCUCCUUAAACCGGGAGGCCGAGUCGCAGCAAAGCUCCGAGCUGACCGUUUACGUGUAGGCCCGUCGGUCCGCACCGUUCAGCCUCAGGCUUUCCUGCCGUCUCGGUACCGAUACUACCGCACCUCUCUGAAGGGCCUGGCUGCUCAGCUUCAGUCCGCCGCGUUCAGACGGAGGUUUGGCGGAGGGUCUCCGAGAAACAGGGCCGUGUUUUUGGCUUUUGGUCUCGGCGUUGGGCUCAUUGAACAGCAGCUGGAGGAUGACAGGAAGAGUGCGGCGACAUGUCAAGAAAUCCAGGCAGUGUUCAGCAAGAAAAGAUUCCAGGGUCCACUCAAGCCAUUUGUGUCUGGAUACAAACUGGAGGAUUACGUUAUCGGGAAUCAAAUUGGGAAAGGCUCCAAUGCCGCUGUGUACGAGGCUGCAGCUCAGUUUGCCCCCCAGAAAGAGAGUAACAUCAAAGCUUCCCUUCCCUCUGUUCAGCUGAGAGUAGAAGAAGAGGAAAGAGAACCCACUCGAUCUCUGACAUGCUGCUCAUUCAGGACCUUUCCUCUGGCUAUCAAGAUGAUGUGGAACUUUGGGGCCGGGUCGUCAAGUGAGGCAAUAUUAAAAUCCAUGUCCCAGGAGCUGGUGCCUGCAGGCCCUCUGGCUUUUAAGCAGGAGAAAGAACAAAUCACUCUGGAUGGGCAUUUUGGAGUCCUGCCUAAAAGAGUGUCAGCGCACCCUAAUGUGAUCAGAGUGUACCGAGCCUUCACAGCGGACGUCCCGCUGCUGCCAGGUGCUCAGGAAGAAUAUCCUGACGUCCUACCAUCCAGGCUUAACCCUGCUGGUCUGGGCAACAAUCGCACGCUUUUCCUGGUCAUGAAGAAUUACCCCUGCACACUUAGACAGUACCUGGAGGUGUCGACACCUGGCCGAAGGAUGGGCAGUCUGAUGGUGCUGCAGCUCCUCGAGGGCGUCGACCAUCUGUGCAGACAGGGUGUCGCUCACAGGGAUCUCAAAUCAGACAACGUGCUGCUGGAGUUUGACUCUGCUGGCUGCCCUCGCUUGGUGAUCACAGACUUUGGCUGCUGCCUGGCUCAGAGUGACUCCAGUCUGCAGCUGCCCUUUAACAGCGUUUGGGUCAGCAGAGGAGGGAAUGCCUCCCUUAUGGCCCCUGAGGUGUCCACUGCGGUUCCUGGAUGUGGUGUGGUGAUUGACUACAGCAAAGCAGACGCCUGGGCAGUGGGUACCAUCGCUUAUGAGAUCUUCGGGCAGCAGAACCCGUUCUAUCGAGGACUGGGUCUGGAGAGCAGGAGCUACCAGGAGAAGGAGCUGCCUCCUCUGCCCUCUUCUGUUCCUGCUGAUGUUCAGCUCGUGAUCCGAUUAUUGCUCAGGAGGAAUCCAAAUAAGCGCCCCAGUGCCCGCGUGGCAGCUAACAUGCUUCAUCUCAGCCUCUGGGGACGGAAAGCUCUGGCCAAUCAGGACAGCGUGGGCAUGAAGAAGAUUGCUGAUUGGCUGCUCUGUCAGUCUGCUGUGGUUCUCCUGAAGGGCUGCAGCGGACCCAGUGGGAACACUGUGGAGGCGGAACUUCAGAGGAGCUUCCUGGCUAAUCUGGACCUGGAGGACCUGCGCACCGCCGUGGGCUUCCUGCUGUAUGGGCGAGAGCAACGCCAGGCGUGCAUACUGUCUGCGUAGAUCCUCUCUCUCCUUCAGAAAAUAAGCUUUAUGAGGCGUGGGGUUAAAUCUUGCUUCGAUUUUCAGUCAGACUUGUAUUUGUAGUAUUUAUGGGUAUAGCCUUUACAUCUGAUGGCUAGUAAAGUAAACUCCACUAACACUGUACUCCUCCACUGCUCUCCAUCACACGACUGUCAGUGAUUUUCUGCACAUACUAUACAUUAUCGGCCUGUGUAGUUCACCUUUUCGGGCUUCCUUUUAUCCAGUCUUUGCUGAAAUUAUUGUCCUGUAUUCCUUCAGGGUUCUAACAUAACGCAGCAUCAGCAGGAUUAAAAAUAAGUGCUACUUGUGCACCUUUUUGCACAAGGUACUAGGUCAUGUGGGCGCUUUGCAUCAUGCACUAUUAAGGCUACUGUUUGUGGAGAAAAACCCUUUUUCUGUGUGCUUUUCUGCAAUGAGUUUCUCCUGUAAACAUCUAUCUAGAAACACAAAUUAGCCCUGAAUAGAAAGGUACUAGAGGCAGUUAAUGUGUCUGUUAUGGAGUGGAUUUUUCCUUUAAAGGAAUGCUAAACUUUUAAAUAUUUGCCAGAGAAAAUCAAACACUAAGUAUCUCAAUUAGAUCCUAUUAAGUAUCAGUUAAUAUUUUGUAUUUAUAAAGCUAAACUGGACGUUUUAUCAUUAAUUACUAGACCUCUAAGCCACAGCAGCUGUCAUACAUGAACAGCAUCUAUCAAGCUUGUUGUCAAUGAAUGUUAUUGUAAGGAAGAGCAAGUUGAACAAUGACUUCACAGUGAUGAUGGAUCAUGCAUAUUUCUGAUCUACCCUAAGCAUGCUUUUUUGUUUUUGUUUGCACUUUAUGUCCGUGUUUGCACUUUUUAGAGUCAUUUUGAAUGGCUGAUGAUUGAAUUUAGUGACUUAUUCCAUCAGACUUCACUAUAAAAUGCUUUAAUAACUACUGGGAGGAGGGAUGAAUGUUUAAGAGAUUGUUGUUUUCAUACUAUAGAUGGUAAUAUAUUUUUGGAAGAAAAUUAUGUAGAUAUCCCUGCUGUUUAAGAAUAAAAAAUGAAAAAAAUUGGU